UGUGGGCGGGAGUGUGAGCCUUGAUAGGACAGGAAUGACAGGUUAAACUAAUCGCUGUGGUCCGGUCCUUAUACCCCGCAAAGACUACCCCGAACACAUGGCAUCUAGUCCUUGUGAUGACCAAGGGAGAUGCCGACCGGAAAAGCAUACAGGAUUAUCCUGCACCGGCCGCAUCACAAUUCCGAUCUUGCGAGAUUUACAUUGGUCUUCUUCAGCUUUAACUUACAACCAAUAAUCAAGACAUAUACUGUUGCACUGCAUCCUCCAUAGAAACGGACGUCACAGCAGAGCACAGCACAGCACAUUUCACUGAAACAUAUUAACCAAUCCAAAACAAAAUGUCUCCCUUGAAGCCUCACUGGAAGCAGCCGUCUCAUGCGGCCAUUCAGGAGGUGAUCAUCAAUGAGCAUGAGUUCACUUCCAAGAGCCUGUCCAGGGUCACGCUGCCGCCCUUCGGUCUAUACGCCAAGAUGGAGUUCCCUCCGUGCACCCCGGCCGACGAGCCGACAUAUGCCACAGUUCAGAUGGGAAAGGACAAGCAUCUGAACCUCAACAGCGAUUUGUUGUACAUCAACCAUUCUUGCGAACCCUCAUUGAUCUUCGAUACUGGAAACCUCAAUAUCUUAGCAGGACCUAAUGGGGUUCAGGCUGGCGAGGAGUUGACAUUCUUCUACCCCUCCACCGAAUGGGAUAUGGCGCAAUCCUUUGACUGCCUCUGCGGUAAGCCCACGUGCCGCGGAAGAAUCUCCGGCGCCAAGGACAUGACCUCAGAGCAGCUGAAAGGCCUCUGGAUCAACGGACAUAUUCGCGAGCUUUUGGAAGAGAAACCCGCCGCGAACGGAAAGUUGUCUGAGAACGGCAAUGGCACCGUCAGUAACGGACAGGGUACUACCGAGGACCCAACAGCGCUGGCUUUGAAGGAUGCAGUAAAACAUGCCGAAAAGGUCGUCGAGUCCGCUAGAUUGGCUUUACAAUCGUAUCUCGAGCUGACACAAUCUGGUCACGCUCAUCCUCAAGGCCUCUCUGCUGGUAGCCGCGAGCUUGGCGGGUCCCAAACUAGACGUGGCCCGACGUCCAGGGAACUGAGCGGCGAGAUGGGCGGCGACACCGCUACAGUGACUGUCUAGAGUCAGAUGGUGAUAUCCCGGGCGUUGAUUGUAUUCAUGCCUGGUCUCACCAUCUGACCGACUGUUCUUUUGUCAAGUUCUUUGUCAAUUUUCUUUUUUUUCAACACGACAAGUAAAGUGCCAACUUUCAACAAUUUGGUGCUGAUUCAAAAUGGACUUAUAUUCACUCAUUCCAUACAUUCAGUCGUGACGUGCAAACUUUCCCACCGCGUCGGCGGCGUACUUAUGCCUGUGUGAGACUUGCUCUGGACUGUUCCAUGCUGGUCCCACAGCGUUUUCGUGAGUCAGGAGCGCAAAAACCUGUCAUUUUUGACCAAUCCUGACUGGCGAAACUUGCCAAGCUUUGUGACAUAUCCCAAGAGACGAGGGCGAUGCCAUAUGCGAUUGGUAUUGCACCAGGGACUCCCCAG